AUGGCAAACAAGAUGGAAAAAAUGGCUUCCAUUGAUGCACAGCUUAGGCAAUUGGCACCUGCAAAAGUGAGUGAAGAUGAUAAACUUAUUGAGUAUGAUGCUCUUUUGCUGGAUCGGUUUCUUGAUAUUCUUCAGGAUUUGCAUGGGGAGGAUCUCAAGGAUUCUGUUCAAGAAGUGUAUGAACUUUCUGCUGAGUAUGAAAGGAAGCAUGAUCCUAAAAAACUCGAAGAGCUUGGAAAAUUGAUAACGGGUUUGGAUGCAGGAGACUCGAUUGUUGUUGCCAAGUCGUUUUCGCACAUGCUUAACUUGGCCAAUUUAGCUGAAGAGGUUCAGAUUGCGCACCGUCGAAGGAACAAGUUGAAGAAAGGAGAUUUCAGGGAUGAGAGCAAUGCGACUACGGAGUCGGACAUCGAAGAAACUCUCAAGAGACUUGUGUUUAACAUGAAGAAAUCUCCUCAGGAAGUUUUUGAUGCGUUGAAAAACCAGACUGUUGAUCUGGUUCUUACUGCUCAUCCGACUCAGUCGGUUCGGAGAUCGUUGCUUCAAAAGCAUGCAAGGAUAAGGAACUGUUUAUCUCAUUUGUAUGCGAAAGACAUCACUCCCGAUGAUAAGCAGGAGCUUGAUGAGUCUCUCCAGAGGGAGAUUCAAGCUGCAUUCCGCACCGAUGAAAUCAAGAGGACACCUCCAACACCGCAAGACGAGAUGAGGGCUGGGAUGAGUUACUUCCAUGAAACAAUUUGGAAGGGUGUUCCUAAAUUUCUUCGCCGUGUUGAUACAGCUUUGAAGAACGUAGGGAUUAAUGAACGUGUUCCUUAUAAUGCGCCACUUAUCCAAUUUUCUUCUUGGAUGGGGGGUGAUCGUGAUGGUAACCCGAGAGUGACUCCUGAAGUGACAAGAGAUGUUUGCUUACUGGCUAGAAUGAUGGCUGCUAAUCUCUAUUAUUCACAGAUUGAAGAUCUUAUGUUUGAACUGUCUAUGUGGCGUUGCAACGAUGAGCUACGUGAUCGUGCAGAAGAACUUCACAGGAAUUCCAAGAAAGAUGAAGUUGCAAAACACUAUAUAGAAUUUUGGAAGAAAGUUCCUUUGAAUGAACCAUACCGUGUUGUGCUCGGAGAUAUAAGGGACAAGCUCUAUCGUACUCGUGAGCGUUCUCGUUAUCUCUUAGCUCAUGGAUAUUCCGACAUUCCUGAAGAAGCCACAUUCACCAAUGUUGACGAGUUUUUGGAACCUCUUGAACUCUGUUACAGAUCACUCUGUGCUUGUGGUGAUCGCGCAAUUGCUGAUGGAAGCCUUCUUGAUUUCUUGAGGCAAGUCUCGACUUUUGGACUAUCACUGGUAAGGCUUGAUAUAAGGCAAGAGUCAGAUCGUCAUACGGACGUGAUGGAUGCGAUUACCAAACAUUUGGAAAUCGGAUCCUACCAAGAAUGGUCUGAAGAAAAAAGACAGGAAUGGCUUUUGUCUGAGUUGAUUGGCAAAAGGCCGCUUUUUGGACCUGACCUACCCAAAACCGAUGAAAUUAGAGAUGUUUUAGACACUUUUCAUGUCAUAGCUGAACUACCAUCAGACAACUUUGGAGCCUAUAUCAUAUCAAUGGCAACUGCACCGUCUGAUGUGUUGGCCGUUGAACUUCUCCAACGCGAAUGCAAAAUCAAGAAUCCGUUAAGAGUUGUUCCGUUGUUUGAGAAACUUGACGAUCUUGAGGCUGCUCCUGCUGCAUUGGCUCGGUUGUUCUCGAUUGACUGGUACAGAAACCGGAUCGACGGGAAGCAAGAAGUUAUGAUUGGAUAUUCUGAUUCAGGUAAAGAUGCUGGAAGGUUUUCUGCAGCGUGGCAGCUAUAUAAGGCUCAGGAGGAGCUCAUAAACGUUGCUCAGAAAUUCAGUGUUAAGUUAACCAUGUUCCACGGGCGGGGUGGAACUGUUGGAAGAGGAGGUGGACCUACUCAUCUUGCUAUCUUGUCUCAACCACCAGAGACAAUUCACGGAUCGCUUCGUGUGACGGUUCAAGGUGAAGUAAUUGAACAGUCGUUCGGUGAGGAGCACUUGUGCUUUCGAACGCUGCAACGUUUCACUGCUGCCACUCUAGAACACGGAAUGCGUCCACCAAGUUCUCCAAAACCGGAAUGGCGUAUCUUGAUGGAUCAGUUGGCUAUCAUUGCCACCGAGGAGUACCGUUCAAUUGUGUUCAAGGAACCGCGUUUUGUUGAGUAUUUCCGUCUGGCUACACCAGAGAUGGAGUAUGGCAGGAUGAACAUUGGAAGUCGUCCGGCAAAGAGAAGGCCUAGUGGAGGCAUCGAAACACUGCGUGCAAUACCGUGGAUCUUUGCAUGGACACAAACAAGGUUUCAUCUUCCAGUAUGGCUAGGCUUUGGAGCAGCAUUUAAACAAGUUAUCGAGAAGGAUGUAAAGAAUCUUCACAUGCUGCAAGAUAUGUACAAUCAGUGGCCUUUCUUUCGGGUCACAAUUGAUUUAGUUGAAAUGGUGUUUGCCAAGGGAGACCCUGGAAUUGCGGCACUGAAUGAUAGACUCCUAGUUUCAAAGGAUCUGUGGCCAUUCGGGGAACAGUUGAGGAACAAAUACGAAGAAACUAAGGAACUCUUACUUCAGGUGGCUACACACAAGGAAGUUCUUGAAGGUGACCCCUACUUGAAGCAAAGACUUAGACUCCGUGAUUCUUACAUCACAACCCUUAAUGUUUUCCAAGCUUACACAUUGAAAAGGAUCCGUGAUCCAAAGAGCAGUGCGAAUGGGCGUCCACCCCUUUCAAAAGAGUCUCCUGAAGCAACUAAGCCGGCUGAUGAACUCGUAACGUUGAAUCCGACAAGUGAAUAUGCUCCUGGUUUGGAAGACACACUCAUUCUUACCAUGAAGGGUAUUGCUGCUGGCAUGCAGAACACUGGUUAA